AGGUUGCUUCGGCCAACUCUCUUCCUUCUCUUGUGUUCUUGUGUGACUCUUUAAUCCUCCGACACUUCUCCAACAGAAACUUUAUUUCUUCCAAGGAAUCUGCUGAUUGCUGUUGUUUGUUCUGUUCGUUUUGCUUGAAAGGCUCGUUAAUUAUUAGGAGAUGAUAAGCUAGUAUGCUGUAGCAUCUUCUCUUGUACGUUCUAGUGUUUUAAGUAUCUUCUACCAUUGUGCUUGCCAUCAAAAGUCUCGAGAUUGUUUAUUUCCCCUCUUGGAUCAAUCCCAUGCACCAAACCCUAGGUGGUGACGACUCUGCCUGUUGGACUUCCGCCUGCAGGGAGCGACUCGAUGAGAUCGGCAAGAAGAUCAAGCGGGAGCCGGAUACAGCCGCCCUCGCCCUCGCCGCCGCCUCCACCUCCACCGCGCCGGCAGCAGACAACCGCGCACCCCGCCGCCUCGGUCUCGGCCUCGGCGGCGCCCUCAACACCGUGACCCCCUGCGCCGCGUGCAAGCUCCUCCGCCGCCGCUGCGCGCAGGAGUGCCCCUUCGCCCCCUACUUCUCGCCGCACGAGCCCCACAACUUCGCCGCCGUCCACAAGGUCUUCGGCGCCAGCAACGUCUCCAGGAUGCUCUUGGAGGUGGCGGAGGGGGAGAGGGCGGACGCGGCGAGCAGCCUGGUGUACGAGGCGAACCUCCGGCUGCGGGACCCCGUGUACGGAUGCAUGGGCGCCAUCUCCGUGCUGCAGCAGCAGGUGAACGCGCUGGAGGCCGAGCUGGAGGCGGUCAGGGCCGAGAUCCUCAAGCACAGGUGCCGGCAGGCCGGCGCCGGCCUCAUGGACGACGCGCGCGCCGCCACGGCCAGCUUCGUGGCUCCGGUGCACGCGGGGGACGUGGUGUCGGUGGUGGAGGCAGGCCAAGAGGUUGCAGGCGGCGGCGCUCCGGGGAUGUCGGUGUCGUCGUCCGCGGUGUACGUUGCCGAAGCCGAGCUGCCCACAAGUACUACUGAUCACUAUAGCUCCCAUAACCCAAGUGAGCAUGCUGCAUACUUUGGUUGACAUGCUUGAAUUUAUUUAACAUUGUGGUGAGAUCACAACUAAACUGCCGGGAGAAUAAACUGCGUGAAAGUUUAAUUUUAUAUAUAUACAGGUUUUCUAGAAGUAGAUCUAUAUAUAGUGGUCACAUUGGGCGACGAAAAAGUUCGUCCAGUGGAAUGUAUGUGCCAUUAUUUUCUUGUAAUUGCCCAUAGAGAUUGUCGGUUGAUUAUUAGUUCAGGUAAACAAUGCACCUUGAUUCUAUA